GCGGCGGGGGGUGGGGAGGAGGCGCUAUGGCCGACGUGUUCCCGGGCUCCGAGCCCGGCGCCGACCCGGAGGCGGCGCGGCGAUUCGCUCGCAAGGGCGCCCUGAGGCAGAAGAACGUGCACGAGGUGAAGGAGCACAAAUUCAUCGCGCGCUUCUUCAAGCAGCCCACCUUCUGCAGCCACUGCACCGACUUCAUCUGGGGAUUUGGGAAGCAAGGAUUCCAGUGCCAAGUUUGCUGUUUUGUGGUUCAUAAGAGGUGCCAUGAGUUCGUUACCUUCUCCUGUCCUGGGGCUGACAAGGGGCCCGACACUGAUGAUCCCAGAAGCAAGCACAAGUUCAAGAUCCACACCUACGGGAGCCCCACCUUUUGUGACCAUUGUGGGUCGCUGCUCUACGGGCUCCUGCACCAGGGCAUGAAAUGUGACACCUGUGAUAUGAACGUUCACAAGCAAUGUGUGAUAAACGUCCCGAGCCUCUGUGGCAUGGACCACACAGAGAAGAGAGGAAGGAUUUAUCUGAAAGCUGAAGUCACUGGUGACAAACUGGAAGUUACAGUGAGAGAAGCAAAAAACCUCAUUCCCAUGGAUCCAAAUGGACUUUCAGAUCCUUAUGUCAAACUGAAGCUCAUCCCAGAUCCUAAAAAUGAAAGUAAACAAAAAACAAAAACCAUCCGUUCUACCCUGAAUCCGGACUGGAACGAGUCAUUCACGUUUAAAUUAAAACCUACAGACAAAGAUCGCCGGUUAUCCGUAGAGGUCUGGGACUGGGAUCGAACAACCAGGAAUGAUUUCAUGGGAUCUCUCUCUUUUGGGGUGUCAGAACUUAUGAAAAUGCCAGCCAGUGGAUGGUACAAGCUGCUGAAUCAAGAAGAGGGAGAAUAUUACAACGUUCCAAUUCCAGAUGCUGAUGAAGAUGGAAAUGCAGAGCUCCGACAGAAGUUUGAGGGUAAAAGAACUGGCCGAGAUAAGAAAGCCAAACUUGGGCCAGCUGGUAACAAAGUCAUUACUUCAACAGAAGACAAGAACUCAAGUGUGCCAUCCAACAAUCUGGACAGGGUGAAGCUGACAGAUUUCAACUUUCUCAUGGUUCUUGGAAAGGGGAGCUUUGGGAAGGUGAUGCUGGCGGACAGGAAGGGCACAGAGGAGCUGUAUGCAAUCAAAAUCCUGAAAAAGGACGUGGUGAUCCAGGAUGAUGAUGUGGAGUGCACCAUGGUUGAAAAACGAGUCCUGGCACUGCAAGAUAAGCCCCCGUUCCUGACACAGCUCCACUCCUGUUUCCAGACAGUUGACCGGCUGUAUUUUGUGAUGGAGUAUGUGAACGGUGGGGAUCUCAUGUAUCACAUCCAGCAAGUAGGAAAAUUUAAGGAGCCACAAGCAGUGUUCUAUGCAGCUGAGAUCUCAAUUGGGUUAUUCUUUCUCCAUAACAGAGGGAUUAUUUAUAGAGAUCUGAAAUUAGAUAAUGUGAUGUUGGAUUCAGAAGGACACAUUAAAAUUGCUGAUUUUGGAAUGUGCAAGGAACACAUGUUGGAUGGAGUAACAACCAGGACCUUCUGUGGCACUCCAGACUACAUUGCACCUGAGAUUAUUGCUUACCAGCCCUAUGGGAAGUCGGUGGAUUGGUGGGCAUACGGUGUGCUGCUCUAUGAGAUGUUGGCUGGCCAGCCUCCAUUUGAUGGGGAAGACGAAGAUGAACUGUUCCAGUCCAUAAUGGAGCAUAAUGUUUCCUACCCAAAAUCACUGUCCAAAGAAGCUGUCUCCAUCUGCAAGGGGCUAAUGACUAAACACCCUGCAAAACGCCUUGGCUGUGGCCUGGAAGGUGAAAGAGACAUCAGGGAACACGCUUUCUUCAGGAGAAUUGACUGGGAAAAAUUGGAGAACAGAGAGAUUCAGCCACCUUUCAAACCUAAAGUGUGCGGCAAAGGGGCUGAAAACUUCGAUAAGUUCUUCACACGAGGACAGCCAGUGUUGACGCCUCCAGAUCAGCUGGUCAUUGCCAACAUAGACCAAACAGAUUUUGAAGGGUUCUCUUAUGUCAACCCCCAGUUCGUGCACCCCCUUGUAGAAAAUGUAGCAUGAAACAGCAGAACAAAUCCCGCCGUGGGGAACAGUUGUAACCCUACAAUUUUUAGGCUUUCGCCUUGUUGAUUCCAUUUGGGCCUGGAAAUUGUAGGGUUAGAAGGGUGUGAGAUGAGGGAAGGGCCACUUAGUCAGGAUUUGGGCUUUGCAGCAGCAAUGUUGUCUUAACAGGAGAUAAAUUAGCGUACGGUGCCCACUUUUUCUUCUAGAAGUCGCCACUGACCUGUCGAAACUUACCCAUGUUUUGGUACGUUCUGUAUUUUUUACCUUCCCACUGUCCUUUUGCUCCCUUUUCAACUCUGUUGUGUUGGAAAAACAUCUGACACGUGGCAUGAAUGAGAAGCCACCUGGAGUAUUUAUUCCUUGGGGGCGGAUGGCGGGAGGUGGGAGCGUCCUCCCCGCGCUCCCGGAGACUUCGGGGGCAAAUCCAGAGACUGAGUGGGGUCAGCUCCAGAGGGGAGAGGCAUUGCAAAAAAAUUGCUGAAAGCAUUUGAAAAAUAUGGCAGGAAAAAACAAAAACAAAAAAAGGUUGGGAAUGGGUGGGAGGGGGGAUGAAAUCAAAUUAGAACCUGAGGCUUGGUGAGCAGAUCCUGUAAGAUCCCAAAUAAAAGCGCUCGGGUGGUGGCCACAUCUGUAGGAUUUGUGCUAUGAGUAGCAGGUGAUAAACUCAAGGGUGAAAUUUUGUCUUUAACAAUAAUAAUAAUAAUAAUGAUGAUGAUAAUAGUAAUAAUUUUAAUAAUACUUUUGUGAAUUUUUAAUCUCCAUGAGAUUAUUCUGUGAUCCAGGGUGCCAUUGUUUGUUCAGUUGGUUUAAUUUACACCACUCCUCAAGUUUACUGUUAACUGGUUCUAAUACCAAUAUUUUACUAUGAAAUUUAUUAACCUGGAAUGUAAAACAAAAGUGUAAUUCCUUAAGUCUUAUUUACAUGUGUUUAUUUAUCGUCUGCAGUGUAGGGCAGUAAAUUGAAGAAAGCGUUAUGCAUAUUAAAUUAACAGAAAAUGCAGCCCCAAGUGACUUCCUGAUUUCUCCAGAAUUACUCAUGAAAAUCAAGUGAGAUUCAGUCUUAAAUAAUCAGUUUUAAUUCAGAAAACUUUGGGCUGUAGAAUAAUCAAGCCUGAAAGAAAAAAAUAAAACUCGUUUUAUUAAUAGAAUGGAAUUUAAUACAUUUUACAUAUGCUUCAUGCAAUGAACUUUGCAUGUUUAGUAAUAACUCUUAAUAAUAAGGGUUAAUAAUAAGCAGAUCUAUAUUAUUGACAUAAUCAUAUCAAGCAUAAAGAGUAUUAUAAAAAUUUUAUAAAACAACUUGUGCUUUAUUUGUGAAAGUUCUUGUUCUGAAUGACACCAUUUAGAUAUAGCUAAAUGUUUUCUUGCUAUUGUUUUGAUUUUUACUUUAGGUUUUGAAUAUUGUUACUGGCUUAGGGUAUAAUCUCUUUUUUUUAAAGUAGAUAUACUUUUAAAUAAUAAUUGCUACCUGCAGGUUUUAUACGAGGUUCAAUUAGGCUUUCAUUUCACAUCUGCUUAUUACUUGCAGAGAAGGAAAUAGACUUUAUUUGCAAUGAUGAACACUGUAAUUAAUGCAAUCUUCUCCUCUCCUAUCACUUAGAUAAAAAAUUUUGAUAUUUCCUCUUACAACUUACCAGAAGAUAUUAACUCAAAUAUCAGUAAAUAAUGUUUUGUGCAUAUUUUGGUUUUGUUACAGCAUGUAAAAUAGUAGUUGGUGCAUUUCCCCUUUUUUUUCCCUCCUGCCUUGAUCCCAUUAGCAGCCACAGGCACUUUUUGUCUGUCAGAUGUGCAUGAUGAUGCCAGAAGCAUGAUGUCUCUGUUGCUGCAUGCAGACUGAUUACAAUUUUUCCAGCAUGUAAACAUAUUCAAAAAGUAAGAUACUUGCCAUAAAAGACUUCAAUUUAUACUAGAAUAUGUAAUGGGGUGGGGUGGGAGGGGAACCUACUUUCUAAUAAUCUUUUAUGACAAUAAACCAUGGAACCUGUGCCAAAGA